AUGCUUAUUCUACAAAAAAAAAUCCUGCACUACAAAUUUGGGUUUUCUGUCCACCGAAUUUUACAUCCCAUCACAAAUCAAGCUGAUAUCCUGGCAAAUGAGAGUAAGCCCAGAUGGAAUACAAAUGUUUUCUUUUACAAUUCGCCAAACAAGGAGUUGGUGGUGCGACUUCUGGAAAACUUGAAGCGCAAGUUUACCCAUGAGGGAUUUAGAGAGGCAGACUUGAGAGCAAGACUGCACAAAAACUUCACCAGCCGGGUUUCAAAAGCAAGAAAAACCGAAGAGGAAAUAAAAGCAACAAACACUCGUUCGAGAAGGGCAGGACGUGCCAGAGAUAAUUAUACUCGCCGUUUACUUGCAUACACAGACAGCAAAGAAGCAAUUGAUCUACAAAUGAAGAGAGAUUGUGACUUCACGAUGCAAAUGGCAGCAAUGUCCGAUAGAGAAUCUGCAGAUGAAGACUUCGAGAAUCGCACGAAGAGCAUCGUCAAGAUUGUUUGGCCAGGAUGGAGAAGUGACGAGUUUAAUACUCUCAUUAAACUUGUUGAUGAGUAUGUUAUUAAAGCAAUGGGGUCAAGUGCUUCUCAAAUGAAGGAGAGGGUUUUCACCAGUGUGUCCAAUACAGCAGUCCCAGAUGACAUAACCCCCAAAUUUCCUCAGUGGGCCCUUAGAGAUGGGUAUUAA